AGCCGAGCGGCCCCGAGCGCGGUCGGCCCGGUCUGGCGGCGGCGGGGGCCGCGGCCGGGCAUGAGGCGGCGGCGGCGGCGGCGGGGGCGGCCGGGGGCGGCCGAGGCGCCAACACGGCCCACCUAGACCCGUCCCCGGAGCACCAGCAGGGCUCAGCCAUGGGGACCCCCGACACGGACCUGAGGACGCCCGACGAAGAUGGCUCCGGGGAUGGCAUCAGCACUGUCUCUGGCAGCAGGAACCCGCUGCAGCCCCCGGACACCUCCUCGGAGGAGCCCUUCACCACCUACUUCGACAGCAAGAUCCCCAUCCCCGAGGAUGAGACGCACUCGUGCUUCAGCUUCCGCAAGCUCUGGGCUUUCACCGGGCCGGGCUUUCUGAUGAGUAUCGCCUACCUGGACCCGGGCAACAUCGAGUCGGAUUUGCAGUCUGGGGCCGUCGCAGGGUUUAAGCUGCUGUGGGUGCUGCUGCUGGCGACGGUGAUCGGGCUGCUCCUGCAGCGGCUGGCCGCGCGCCUCGGCGUGGUGACGGGGCUGCACCUCGCUGAGGUCUGCCACCGGCAGUACCAGAAGGUUCCUCGGAUUAUCCUGUGGCUGAUGGUCGAGCUCGCUAUCAUCGGCUCCGACAUGCAAGAAGUCAUCGGCUCGGCGAUUGCCAUCAACCUCCUGUCGAUGGGGAAGAUCCCGCUGUGGGGCGGCGUGCUCAUCACCAUCGCCGACACCUUUGUGUUCCUCUUCCUGGACAAAUACGGUUUGCGGAAACUGGAGGCGUUCUUUGGCUUUCUGAUCACCAUCAUGGCGCUGACGUUCGGAUACGAGUACGUCACAGUAAAACCUGACCAGGAGCAGCUGCUGAAAGGGCUCUUCAUCCCCUACUGCCAGAACUGCGGCACGCCGCAGCUGGAGCAAGCCGUGGGCAUCGUGGGCGCCGUCAUCAUGCCCCACAACAUGUACCUGCACUCUGCCUUGGUCAAGUCCCGGCAAGUGAACCGUGCAAACAAGAAGGAAGUCCGAGAGGCUAACAAGUAUUUCUUCAUCGAGUCCUGCAUAGCCCUCUUUGUCUCCUUCAUCAUCAACAUCUUUGUGGUGACCGUCUUUGCUGAGGCUUUCUUUGACAAGACGAAUGCGGAUGUGCACGAGGUCUGCGCCAACACCAGCAGCCCCCACUCCUCCCUCUUCCCCAACAACAACCAGACGCUGCAGGUGGACAUCUACAAAGGGGGCGUCGUUUUGGGCUGUUACUUUGGCCCCGCCGCUCUCUACAUCUGGGCAGUCGGGAUCCUUGCUGCAGGCCAGAGCUCAACAAUGACAGGGACGUACUCCGGACAGUUUGUCAUGGAGGGCUUCCUGAAUCUGCGCUGGUCCCGCUUCGCCCGGGUGCUGCUGACCCGCUCCAUCGCCAUCACCCCCACCCUCUUCGUGGCCAUCUUUCAGGAUGUCGAGCACCUGACGGGCAUGAACGACUUCUUAAACGUCCUCAUGAGCCUCCAGCUUCCUUUCGCUUUGAUCCCGGUCCUGACGUUCACCAGCCUGCCCAGUGUCAUGAAUGACUUUGCCAAUGGACUGUUCUGGAAGAUCGGCGGCGGAGUGGUGAUCCUUCUCAUCUGCAGCAUCAACAUGUACUUCGUGGUGGCCUACGUCAUGUCUCUGAACCACCUGGGUUUGUACAUCGGGGCGGCGCUUCUCAGCGUGGUCUACCUGUCCUUCGUCGCCUAUUUGACCUGGCUGUGCCUGAUCGCUCUGGGCGUCUCCUUCCUGGCCUGCGGGAAAACGCAGCAGCUGGGCUUCGCGAUGCGCCCCGAGCUCUUCCUCCUCAACAACGUCGACGCGGACUCGGUCGUGGCUCGAUGACGCCGGCAGCGCAGACGUUAACGGAGACCUCGGGUGCUGCAGGAAACCCCCCGGCAGCCGCGCUUGGCGCAGGACCGGGCAGGAUGGGGAUGGGGAGCAGAGCCCAGGCUCUGCCCCGGGGAGCUCUGCGGGGCCGAGCGCUGGGCCGGCGGCUCCAAGCACCCAGGAAGCUCCACUUGAAGGCACCGCCGCCGUUGGGGUCGGCGUCGCGCUUUUAGGUACCUCCAAAAUUUUUAUAUUUAAAGGAAAAAAAAAGUUGUGUCCGGCCCGGGAGGGGAUGCGCUGCUGGUUUUCCGAUCCGGCUUCGCGCUGCUCCUGCCCAGCACGGCUCCUGCUGGUGCUGAGCGAUGGAUUUCCCUGCUCCGGGCUGGGCCAGGCAAGGGGCAGAGCUGCGGCGUUGGGUUCCCAGCGGCUUUGCAGGCGGGACGCGCUCCCUCUCGGAGCCCUCUCCCGAAGCUGCCCCCGUGUUUGGCACCCGCUCGCCGUUUCUGUGCCAUUUCAAGAGGUUUUGGGUGCUGCUGGGACCCUCCCGCAGCCCAGAAUCGAUCCUCAAGCAGAGUUUAAAAUCAACGUGAUUAUUUUCUUCUUCUGUUUUGGUUGAUUGUUCGCGAUGACACUGUUGAGCCCCAGACGGAUGCAGUUUCACUUGUCAUAGCUUCGCUUUCCUUUAAUUAAAUCUCUGUUCUAAUUAAAUCUCUGCCCAAUUA